CCUUGUUGUUGUUCUUAUCCACAACUUACACCAAAAUGUCCCGCAAAGCAGGGCUGUACGAGGACCUCAAGUUCUACGUGCAGUCUGCACAGCGCGACGCAGUCGAGGUCGACCGAGACAUCAAGCUCAUCGAGCGCAGCGAAGGCGAGGUCGUCGAUACGCCGUACGACGCAGACCUGAUCAUUGUCGAGACGCCACUCGCACAGAAGUGGUCCGCGAAAGCCUGCUACCGGUACGACUUCACCAACCCACACCGACACCGCAAGGGCAAGUGGACCGCCGAGCAGCUCAUCUACACGUUCGGCAUGGGCGAGCCGCGCAAGGGCCGCGCCGUGCUGCUGCAGGGCUGGCUGCGCAACGGGUUCACGCUCAUGGGCGAGGCGCAGAUCGGGCGCACGUACAGCGGGUGGCUGGUCCGCGGGCGUAAUGUGACAGGCUUUGAGUUUGUCGUCGACGACGAGCCGAAGAAGAAGAAGGUCAAGCGGCGCGACUCUCGGCCGCGGCGCAGGAGUAGGAAGAGCAGCGAUAGCGACAGUGACAGCGAGUCGGACGGCUCGGCGAGCUAUCGUAGCGGGAAGAGCAGUUCGAGUGGCGGCAGCAGCAAGAGCGACUCGGAGCCAGAGCUCAUCCGCGGGUCGUCGGCGAGCCGCUCGCCGUCGCCGCCUGCGCGAUCACGGCGCGCGAGCCAGCUUGCGUCCGGGAGCGGGCGCGCGAGCCAGCAGGCGUCGGCGAGCCAGCCAGGCAGCCGGCCCAGGUCGCUGCACGUGUCGCCGGCCAAGGUCGCGUCGCCCGCUGCAACGCAGCCGCGCCGGCGUAUCGUCGUGUCCGACGGCGAGGAGGACAAGGCGAGCUCUGAGCCGGAGGACGACGAUCCUUGGUUCGAGCCGAUGGACGUGGACAUCGAGCUGGCGUCAUCUCCCGUCCUCAAGCCGCGGGCGUCACGCAACGCCCCCUCGAGCGCGUCGCCAGUGCUCAAGCCCCGGUCGCAGCCUGUCCCUGCUUCACGCAGCGCGUCACCGGUCCUCAAACCCCGCUCGCAGCUACGCCCGCCGUCCCCCGUGGCAUCGCCGGCGCCAUCACAGCCCCGCAGCGGAAUCUUUGCGCAGGGCAGGCGAUACCCGUACACUUUCUACCUGGCCGACGGGCACAAGCUCCUCGAGACAAUCAUCGAGAUGGAGGGCGGCGAGCUCGUCCCCCUCGACGAGGCUCCAAUCGUACUUCUUCCCCUUGGAGUCGGCGAGGCGGCCACCGACACGCACACCGUGACCUCCCCGCUCGCCCGCGUGCUCUCGGACGACUGGGUGUGGGACAGCGUCAAGGCGCACCCCCCGCGCCUGCUCGACCUGAACGACUACACUGUGCCCCUGCGCGCUGUAGCCAAGCGGCGCUUAAGUCCGUCGCCGUCGCCCGAGGCGCCGUUGAAGCGGGCGCGCGGCGUUGCCAGCCCGGCAUCCGUGUCGUCCAGAGAUACGCCCCGCGCUACUCGCUCAAGAUCCGACGUGCCGCCGACGCUGCUGUCCCGCGCUACGAGGCGUGCAGCAGCCACGGCCAUGCCACCCCCGCCCGUGCCGUCCCGCCCUGCGACGCCUGCGUCACAGCCUGAGUGUGCGCGCUCAAGAUCUGUCAAGCCAGAGGUGGAGCUGCUUUCGCGCGGUGCGUCCCGCGCGCCGUCAGCCAAACCUGCCACACGCCGCGUGAAGAAACGCACGCCGACCCCGGAGCCAGAGAGCGAUAGCGAUAGCGACAGCGACGCCUGGAUCGAGCCCGUCAUCACCAUUGACGACGUGGAUACGGACGACGAGGACACGUUUAUUCGGCUGGUGCGCAACCUGCGCAGCUGGAACGGCAAGGGCACGAAGCAGGCGUACAUUGAGGGUCUGGGCCGAAAGGGUCUCGUUGCUGGCGCCACAGAGCUCUACUAUGACAAGUAUGGCGUGCUGGUCGACAACAACGUCCCCGGGCUGAAGAGAGACAAGGGGGAGAAGGUCGACAAGGGGAAGCAGGUUGCAGGUGGCCGUCGGACCCGAGGCCAGCAGGCGGAGAGCGAGGACGAGGAGGAUUUCAAGCCAAGCGCUUCACGAUGGGGCAAGCCCAACGGAGGCGGCUUUUCCAUCCUCGGCAACGCGUCGGCUGCGGCGCAUGCACGCUGGGCAAGAGUUCGCAGCAAGGCCAACAACGACGCAGACGGCAGCGAAGAGGAUGAGGAGAAACCCGAUGCCAACGACGACGCAGACGGUAGCGAGGAGGACGGGGAGAAGCUGAGCGAUGACGAACCUCAGCCAAAGCGCCCCUCGGUGUCAAAAUCAGCGUCACCAGUGAAGCCAGAUUCCCGCGUUGCAUCGAAAUCGCCGGUGAAGAAUGGUUCGCCUGCCAAGCCCGCGUCCCCCGACAUUGCCAAGUCCAAGUCGCCAGUGAAGAGCGCAUCGCCCGUGAAGAACGCGUCGCCUGCAAAGGACGACACGCCAGCGAAAAGCCGAUCGCCCGACAAGAGCAGGUCCCCGGUGAAGCGCCCCUCGCCGUCGCCGUCUGCCAAUGGGGACGACAACACGGACGCGGAGAGAGUGGAAGUGGAGGAGCCCCGGGAAGGCGAUGAGAGAGGUGAGGAGGAGAUCCUGGAGGUUGAUGAGAGAGUGGAAGAGGAAGAGGAAGCGCUUCGUGAAGACGGUGCAGAGGAGGAGGAUGAGCGUCGGGAUGAAGCGUCCGAGGACGACGACAGGCCCCACGAGGAUGAGCCACAAGUCGACGCCGAGGAUGACGAUGACGGUGAGCCUGAUGCCGUCAACCAGCCCGAGGAGGACGAGCCUGAUGUGGACGACAAGCCUGAUGAGGUCGAUCCCGAUGACGAGAACAAGGCCGACGAGGGCGCAGCCGACGACGACAAGCCAGAGGAGAACGAAGCUGAAGACGCCGACGCCAACUCCGACGACGAGGUGCCCAACAACACCGACAACGCGAUCGAGGUUCUGGAAACCGACACCGCCGACGAUACCGACAUUGAGAUCACGGGAGCUGCGGCAGCCCCGGCCCCACCUGAACCCAGGGUGAACACGCAGAACGUGGUGCAGAGAAAGAAGAAGCGCAAAAGGAAGUCGUCAACGGGCAAGACGGAGCCGAAGAAGCGCAAGAAGAAGGCAAAGAAGCCGAAGCGGGAGUCGACGGUGAAGCGGGAAGUAACAGUGAAGCGAGAGGUGACGGUGAAGCGGGAGACGACAGUCAAGGCGGAGGCAGCGACGCCGCGGCGAGUCAAGGUGGAGGGGGCAUAGGCAUAGAGGGGGCGUCGGGAGGUCAGUCUCCAGUGAAGCCCAGUAGCAACAGUUGCGUCAACCAGUAACACCCUAUCCCAUUUGUCUUGACGAGAUACUUUAUAGAAAGCAUGUAGCUGUCGAGUUGGUG